AUGCGCAGCGCUCUGGAUAAACUACCGUACUUCUGUACUGCAGUAACUACAGAGGAAAUGUGUGAUAACUUGGUGGGUUAUGGAGCAGUGUAUCGCAUCUGUUUCUCUCUGGCUAUUUUCUACGGUGUAUUUUCUCUACUCAUGUUAAACACGACCUCGGGCAAAGACUUGCGAGUUAAAUUUCACAAUGGAUUCUGGUUUUUAAAACUGGUUUUACUGGUUGCAAUCUUGGUAGGAGCAUUUCACAUUCCGCAACGUACUGAGUUUGGUCGACUGUUGAUGUAUGUUGGACUGACCGCUGGCUUUAUUUUCAUCAUGCUCCAAAUAUUACUUGUCAUCGAUUUUGCUCACUCCUGGAGUUUCUCGUGGGGAGAAAGAAUGGAAUCUGGAAACAGUAAUUUUUGGGGAUUUGCGUUGGUAUUCUCAACUAUAUUAGUAUAUUCAAUGGCAAUUACAAUGGCAGUAUUUUAUUACCUAUAUUUCACAGAUUUACAGAAUCUUUCAAAAUGUCGUGGAAAUAUGUUUCUUAUAUCCUUCAAUGUAUUUCACUGUUUACUGGCUUCGAUUGUUUCCGUUCUCCCACGCGUGCAAGACAGCGCCCCAGGAUCUGGGCUGCUACAAUCUUCUAUAGUCAGUCUUUACACCAUGUACCUAACAUGGUGCACGCUGAGCAGUGAACCUGACGGCUCAUGUAAUCCUAUGGGUGACGUCAUUUUGGAAUACGAUAAAGUCUCGGGGGUCAACGGUCAAGCGAUAUUGGAUUGUGUACUAAUGUUCGCUCUGUUAAUCUUCGCGUGUAAUGUUCGUUCCAGCACUUCCAAGCUGGAAAAGAUCGGCUUUUCUUUAUCGAAAUAUCCAACAAGAGAAGACCAUUAUCUCGACCAAAAUGAUGCUGAAAAAUAUAUCGGCGAAAAAUAUGUCGACGACGAAAAUAUCGACUUGGAAUAUAAUUAUUCGUUCUUUCAUUUCGUGAUGUUUCUGGCGUCUUUACAAUUAAUGAUGGUGGUGACAAACUGGCAUAGCCCAGACGAGUUAGCUGACUUGAAAAAACUCGUUAAAAACUGGGCAACAGUAUGGAUACAGUUGUCGUCUAGUUUUCUCUGCGUUUUGUUCUAUAUCUGGGCGACCGUGACUCCGCUGCUAGUAAGGAUCUGGGGACCAUGCUUGGGGCUCGAUUACGAAAGCGUUCCGACCGAAGACGAUUACGAACGACUGCGAAGGCGGCGCGAAAUGUUACGAGAGCGCAAAGGAAAGGAUGGAAAUUUGAAAUCUAGGAAAAAAGAAAGGAACACUACUAAAGAUGGGAAUGAUUUUAGUAAUUCUGAACAAAUGAGGGAACACGAGUUAGGGAAUUUAUCUUCAGUGCAAAACUCUGUACAGGAAGCAAGUAUUAGUAAGAAUCUUGCAGUUGAACGUCGUUUUAAUACUUCUGAACAAGCAAGUGAACGGAAGUUAAGGAAUUUAUCAUUAUCGUCAGUGAAAGCUCAACGAAGUGGGGAAGGGAUUGAGCAAAUCACUGAAGACAGUGGACUGUGCGAUACGACAAACUUUACAACUCAGUCUCGAGCAGUUUCUAGGGAAACUUCACGAGGAAACGAGGGUGAAUCAAGAGAAAAUGCAAGACUUGAACACAGGAGUAAAUCUGCAUUAAGCAGGGAGACAGUUCACAAUGAGAAAACGACAACAGAUAAUAAGCAAGGAGUAGACAAAGAUAAACCAUACAUGGACAACGUUACAACUCAUAAUGCGAGCUUGUCUCCUGAGCACAGGGCUGAAUCUGGUCAGAAAAUGCCUGAUGAAAAACGGAGAAAUUCGCAAGCCUCAGAAAAUGUUAAUUCGUCUACUAAUUACAACGCACUCGAUAAUUCGAGUAACGGAAACGAUAUAUACUCGCAGGCCGAACUAGGAAACUUGGGUCUUAAUUCCAAAUCAUCAACUCUCAAUCCCAAUAGUGCGCAGUUACGUUUGAACAAAUAUACUUUUUCUAAGAAACAACAGAGUAGAAACGUCAGACCGCAUUCAUCAAUGCUUAAUCCUUCAAUUACUAAGAAAACUUUACCAAACAGGCCAUAUUCUUCAAUGGCGUUUACUACUAAAACGUUCAGAGAAGAUAGCAAAGGUUUAAAACAUAAUCUUUCAGUAGAUAACCACACUUCAACAAUCAGGCCAGUAAGUUGUGAGCCAUCAUUAACAAUGCAAAAGAAGACAUUUUCAUUGCGAAAGAAGGAAGAAAGGACUUUGUCAUUUGAAGAAGGUAGCAGCAUGGAUAAUACUUCGUCAAGUAUUCAACAAUAUGUGCAGAGCACAGUUAUAAGCCAGGAAGCAGAUAAUAUAGAACAGGAAUUGUCUUGUGUCAAAGAGUCAGUAACCCACAGAGAUAACUUAGACGUUUUAAAAUCAACGGAAACUCCCGUUGUGCAAAACAACGCAACGCUUUCUCGAAGUAAAGAAGAGGAAAAGUGUAGCGAAGAUAUAUUUAGUACAAAAGAUUCAAAAACAAACACAAACAGAAAUAACUAUACACCUUCUGCUACCACAACUCCGCUUAAAAUGCAAGACCAUUUAAAAUGGGUGAAACGUUUACGCAGUACAAAGGAAACGCUUUCAAAUAAACGAAGUAUUUCUGAAAAUAACGCACAAGACGUGUCUGUGGAAAAGAAAGCAAAGGUGACGGAGGGCAAAGAUGAAAGCAAGGAAGUGUUGAGAAAUGUUGCACUUGACGACACUGGCAGUUGUAAAAUAAACACAAAGUUUAAAGAACAAAGUUUAAAGGCCGAUAAGCAAGAUAAGAGCACAGCUAGAGAAGAAGAAAGUAUGGAAACAUUUGUAAAUGCUUUUAAAUCAAUUGACGGUAGUCACAAGCAAAAUAAUACAACGGAAAGGAAUGAAGAAACGUUAAAGCAAAGUUCAACUUUGGAUCAAAGUUUGCAGGCUGCUUUGGAUCAAAGUUUGCAGGCUCAAAAAACUAAAUGUGAAAAUGAACUACAGACACCUGAUGUUGCGAAGGAAAUUUUGAGACUUCAACAGAAAAUAUUAAAAUUUCAGGCAAAAGUUGUAAAAACACAACAGAAGAUUUUCGAAAUGCAACAAGAGGGAAAUUUAUAG